AUGACAUGGCUGCAGCCGCCGAUCGUCCUGCAGGUGGUCCACUGCUUGGACGAGGCCAUUGACGUGCUGGCCUUCUUCACGCUGAAGGACGAAGCGACAGCGAUCAAGGCAUUUCCAUUGUUCCGCAAGCUGCAGAUCGGCGAUAAGGCUGGGAUCGUCGACUUUUGCCAGCGCGUGCGGCUUUUGCCAUCGACCGCCAUCCGCGCCGAAAUCGUGUACAGCUGGUGGGGCUGCCAAUUCGUCGAUCUCGAAUACGAGCUUGAUACGUGGGCAUCGAGCGUUGUCGAGCUUACCGUCUCCGCCGCGUACAAAUUGGGGUACGCCCCGCUGCUGUAUGACCUCAGCCUUUGUCCGCGGCUCGAGACGCUCAUGAUCAACUGGAGCGAAGUCAUCGAUGAGGAGCAGGUGGACGAGAUCCUAUCGGCCAUCGGCGACUCCAACACGCGCGUCGCCCAUUUGCGCAUCUAUUCGCGCUUCCCUUUGUUCAUUUUCGACAUGCAAUACUGCACGGGCCUCUUGGCGUGGAUCGCGAGACCAUCGUCGCGGCGACUCCGGCUCGAUGGCUUGAGCUUUUCGGCGGACGCCGCCAAGGCUUUGGCCCAAGCACUGCUCGCAUCCACAACGUUGCACACGAUCAAGCUCUGGGACUCAUCCAACCUCGGAAGCGAGUUUGUCGAUCGCUUGUCUCGACCGCUACCGCGCCAACUGCGCAACUUGACGCUGAUGCUCGGGGAAGACUGGGACGAUGUGGAGACUCUCGCCGCCAAGCUUGCGUGCUCGAAUGUCGACCGCUUGAAUCUUGAUUUUACCGAAUACCGCGACGUGACGCGUGUCCUUGCUGUCCUGCCGCCAACUUUGAGGACGCUCAAGCUUUCCGGUGUCGUGAUCACGAGCUUUCCGCUGCUGCCCGCGCUCCGAUACCUCCAACUGGUCUAUGCGGAGAUGACAAACGACGCUAUCACCGGCGUUGCUGCGUUGCUUGGCGCCUCGACAAAUCUUGCCAAACUCGAUUUGGUUCACUCGCAUUUGCCUGCCGACCAGCUCGAAGCCCUCUUCAUGGCGCUGCCCCGCUGGCUGAGUCGCCAGAAAAGAAUGUGCAUCGUGCGCCUCUCAUUGACGAAUACGACGGCCAUGCUGCUUGCAACCGCCAUGGGGCAGACGCGCAAUACGCAGCCUGUGCAGCUGGAGGUCCGCGGCGACGACGACUCGCUGCAUCUUCCAGCGCGUCUGAGUCUCUUGACCGCUCUUGGCGCCACGUCGCAGAUGCGCAUGGAGUUGGAGAGCACCCAUGCGCAGCCCAACGACCUCGAGGCGAUACAAACGCACUGCAAGGCGCACCGCAUCGCGUACUCGCUCGGCUACUUCCUCUCGCCAUGCCGCUUGCCAUGGACGCUGCCGGUCGCCUAG